AUGAGAGUUCCUUUUCGAUUUUAUAAUAGAAAAUCUUAUCAAAGGGUAAUCCGAUCCUUUUCUUUAAAGCCGGAUGAUCCAACUAAAAUUGUAAAUUUGGACAAAUAUACCCCGGAUAAGAUACGGAACUUCAGUAUUGUCGCACACGUUGAUCAUGGCAAAAGCACAUUGGCUGAUCGUUUACUCGAAGUUGCGGGGGUCAUAAAGAAAGGAGAGAGAAACAGUCAAAUGCUCGACCGUCUACAAGUUGAAAGGGAAAGGGGAAUUACUGUCAAAGCUCAAACAGUUGCUCUACCCUAUAAGGGUUAUCUACUGAAUCUCAUCGAUACUCCCGGUCAUGCUGAUUUCUCUGCUGAAGUAUUCCGAUCUCUUUCUGUCUGUGAUGGAAUUCUCUUAUUAGUGGCUGCGAACCAAGGUGUUCAAGCUCAAACAAUAUCCAAUUUUUGGUUAGCUUUCGAGAGGAACAUCACAAUGCUCCCUAUAAUAAACAAAAUUGAUUUAUCCGGAGCAAAUAUUCCAAAGGUAGAGAGUCAGUUGAAACAGUUAUUUGAGUUCAACCCCGGAGAAAGUCUGAAGAUUUCUGCUAAAACGGGACUGAACACAGAUAACAUCCUAGAUCAGAUCAUUGAGAGGAUUCCUGCACCUGCUGUAGAGCCUAAUGCUCCGUUCAGGGCUUUCAUAUUCGACUCCUUGUUCGAGCACUUUCGGGGAGCUAUUGCUUUCAUACUGGUAAAGGAGGGUUCAGUGAGAAAAGGCCAAAAGAUCAGAAGUUUCCAUCAUCAGAAAGAAUACGAUGUCGUUGAGGUAGGAGUCAUGAGGCCGGACAUGACGCCUUGUUCUAGCCUUCAAGCUGGUCAAGUUGGGUAUAUAGUGUGUAACAUGAAAACAGUCAAGGAAGCUGCAGUUGGAGAAACACUUUUCGAUCCAUCCAUCAAAGAUACAGUUGAAGCCUUACCAGGCUUCAAACCUAUCAAGCCCACGGUUUACGCUGGUUUGUUCCCUCUUGAAACUCCGGAGUACGAAGGACUGAAGCAAGCUGUUGAACGAUUGUGUUUGAACGAUCCUGCUGUCGUGGUGACUCCCGAUUCUAGCCCAGCACUUGGUUUAGGUUGGAGAGUGGGAUUCCUUGGUGUUCUUCAUAUGGAAGUGUUUGGUGCUCGGUUAGAUCAAGAGUAUGGUGCGAAUGUUAUUCUGACACAGCCUUCGGUCGAGUAUUUGGCUACUAUUAAGGACAACGAAACUAUUAGAAAGAAACGAUAUGGAGGGCUAGGUGAAAUAAGAAUUCUUGAUCCUAGUAAAUUCCCUGCAGAAAGUGAUGUAGAAGACUUUAUGGAACCAAUGGUUAAGGUUCGAAUGAUUGUACAAACUGAACAUAUGGGUAUUGUUAACGGGUUAUGUUCCGAUAGUCGAGGAGAAAGAGGAGACAUAUCAUCUAUUGAUGAAGAACGAGUUAUGAUCAUUUGGAGAUUACCUCUAGCAGAAGUUGUCAUUGAUUUCUUUGAACGCUUGAAACGUUUAACUUCGGGCUACGUGUCAUUCGAUUAUGAACAUGAUGGUUACAAUUCUUCAAAGCUUAUCAAAUUAUCCAUAUCCAUUAAUGGGAAGGAGGUCCCCGAAUUUUCUCAAAUAGUACCAGCAGCUAUGGCCCGGGAUCGUGCGAAGCUCGUCGUUCAAAGGCUAAAAAGAGAAAUUCCACGACAACAAUUCGAAGUUACAAUCAAAGCUUGUGUUGGAAGUUCAACGAAGGCUCUGUCCCAAAUAACGAUUCAACCAAUGAAAAGAGAUUUUAGUCAAUUGCUUAAAGGAAAUUUCGGAGGCGGAGGAAUGGAGAGAUUGAACAAAAAACUCAGUCAUCAGAAGAAAGGAAAGGAAAGAAUGAAAAUGCUCGGAAACGUCCAAAUCCCCAAAGAAGCUUUCCUCAACGUACUCAGGAACUGA